UUGAAUGACAAGCACAAUUUUCUAAACGUAGAUGGGAAAAUGUGUUUUUAAUGUACUUAGAGUUAAAGAUGUCUCAGAGCCACAAGCGUGAAGUACAAAAUGCACAAACUGGCUGCUUCCUUCUAAGGCAGCAUCUCUGGUGCCUCCUUCCAUCCUGGGUGUGGCCUUCGGUGUUGGGUUAGAUUCCAGAAAGGAGAGUUCAGAGCUUGGGGCUUGCUCCACCUACCACCAACCUCCGGGAAAGAGGGAGGUGGUGGUAGGAGGAAGCCUAGACCCGGACGCCUGCACUAAGUCUGUGGCAGCGACUAUGGGCGUGGGUUGACUGCGGAGCACUAAGACUGAAAGCCCGCAGAGGCAAGAACAGGACGUCCCAUUUCCCAUUCCCCGCCUGAAAGGCGACUCUGAGUGUCAGGGUCGGGAGAAGGGACAAGGGAGCCUGAGCAGAGCUGGACUGGGUGGGCCAAUGCUCUAAUCACCCGGGCGAAGACGGGGCGUGGAGAGGAGCUAGCAGACGCGGCAGCAGCGCCAAGCGCGCUGGAAGUGCUGGGGAAGCGCCCGCAGGCUUGGUGGCGGCGCCUGUGACCUCUCCUUUCGGCUAACAACCUAGGUGGAGGAGUUACUGAGGAGCCCAGGUACUGGCUAGGCAAAAGAGACAAGCCUGUGGUCUCCAUGACCCUCCCAUCCUCUGCUGUCUCCUUCGUCCGCUCCAUGCUCAAGAGCUGCGCUCCGCUGCCGGGGCGAGGAGAGCCAUGGAGGAUCAGGGAGUUCAGUGCGCCCCUCCACCUCCUGCCGCCUCCCAGACAGGGGUACCGCUUGUCAACCUCUCCCACAACUGCAGCGCCGAGAGCCACAUUUACCAGGACUCCAUCGCCAUGCCCUGGAAAGUCCUGCUGGUUGCACUGCUGGCUCUCAUCACCUUGGCCACCACGCUCUCCAAUGCUUUUGUGAUCGCCACGGUGUAUCGGACCCGGAAACUGCACACCCCGGCUAACUACCUGAUUGCCUCUCUGGCAGUCACUGACCUGCUCGUGUCCAUCCUGGUGAUGCCCAUCAGCACCAUGUACACGGUAACUGGGCGCUGGACACUAGGCCAGGUGGUCUGUGACUUCUGGCUGUCGUCGGAUAUCACCUGUUGCACUGCUUCCAUCAUGCAUCUCUGUGUCAUAGCCCUGGACCGCUACUGGGCCAUCACUGAUGCCGUGGAGUAUUCCGCUAAAAGGACUCCCAGAAGGGCGGCCAUCAUGAUAGCGCUGGUGUGGGUCUUCUCCAUCUCUAUUUCGCUGCCACCCUUCUUCUGGCGUCAAGCCAAGGCUGAGGAGGAGGUGCUGGACUGUUUUGUGAACACGGACCACGUCCUCUAUACAGUCUACUCCACGGUGGGCGCUUUCUAUUUACCCACCCUGCUCCUCAUCGCCCUCUAUGGCCGUAUCUACGUGGAAGCCCGCUCUCGGAUUUUGAAACAGACACCCAACAAGACCGGCAAGCGCUUGACCCGAGCCCAACUGAUAACAGACUCGCCUGGGUCCACGUCCUCGGUCACCUCCAUUAACUCCCGGGCUCCCGACGUGCCCAGCGAAUCCGGGUCUCCAGUGUAUGUGAACCAAGUCAAAGUAAGAGUCUCAGACGCCCUGCUGGAGAAGAAGAAACUCAUGGCCGCUAGGGAGCGCAAAGCCACCAAGACCCUAGGGAUCAUUUUAGGAGCCUUUAUUGUGUGCUGGUUGCCCUUCUUCAUCAUCUCCUUGGUGAUGCCUAUCUGCAAGGAUGCCUGCUGGUUUCACAUGGCCAUCUUCGACUUCUUCAAUUGGCUAGGCUAUCUUAACUCCCUCAUCAACCCCAUCAUCUACACCAUGUCCAAUGAGGACUUCAAACAAGCAUUCCAUAAACUGAUACGCUUUAAGUGCACAGGUUGACUUGUCAAUGGCAGUGGGGUCGCCUAGGCGACCUUUGGGGACCAAGUUGGGUCUUUCCACAGGUAGGUCAAAUCUUCUUUCCCUGUUACUGGGUGGAAGCAAGGCUCUCUCUACUAGGCAAGGGCAAUGAAUCCUGAGAAUCCGGGCAGCUCUGAGAGAGCAAUCUGGAAGGUGAACUGCUCAAACUACUGCAAAGUGCCCAUGCUGAGGAGGUUAACUUCCUCCCCUCAAAGCCCGGGCUCAGCACAGAUCUUCCUGCAGCCAAUCACACCAACUUUUUAAUGUUGAUGAUGGAUGGGGUAUCCCUGCCCCGUUUUGUGUUGUGAACAUUGCCCUCUAAGCCAGUGGCGCUUGUAGGUGUUAUCUGAAGCCUGUUUGAUAUAGAUCUACAUACAGCCUGGCAGUACUUGAACUAGACACUUACUACCCUGUGCUUGGGGAGAACGUUGUGUUCCAGCUUUAUUUUAGAACACUUACUUUACAUCCUCCAGUCUUCAUUUGUUUAUUUAAAUUUGGUUGGAGAAACUUGUGGAUUUGGUGCUUCAAACACUAAAUGUGGCUUGGAUGGCACAGAGCAACCUUGAAGAGUUAAAGUGAAAUUCUAAUGCUAAGAUCUCUAUUUUUAUUACAAUUAAAAUAUAUGGGGGUGGUGGGUGGGGAUGGGAGAUGGGGAGUGUUACACUGAGGAGCAACACCUAAGAUUGUUUGUCUUAUGCAGAUUUCUAAUUUUUUAAAUUCCUGUUUUGUGAGCGUCAAACUACAACUCUAACAACUCAAACAAAACAUAAUGUGUGCUAGUGCCAAAGUCUGCAGGCUGCAUUGUUUCCUAAUCUCAUGUACCAGUCAUUUUACACACUUAAAUCCCCACCAAUGGAGGGUAUGCUGGGUGACUCAGCCCAAACUGCUGCCAUUAGAGGAGUUUGUCAAAUGGAUUAGAGUUGUAUACAGUUCCUUAACAAGAAAGUAUCUUUAUUCCUUAUCUAAUUCCGUGAUAUACGGAGAAGACUGAUGGAACAGAUGUUAUUUCUUAUAUAAUUAAGGAAUAAAGGGGGAGAUAAGAGGAUGUAUAUUUUUGACUUGUAAAAAAUUUUAAAAUGCAUGAGACGAUUUUUGAUAAGCAUUUGCACUCUCUCCCAUCUGUGAUUCCCUUGUGUGCAAAUAUAUAAAGUAAACAAGAGAACAAGAUUCCCUGUCCAGAAAUCUUCAAAAUGCAGCCAGAACCCCCCAAACUAUAUUAAAGUGAGAGAGAGAGAGAGAGAGAGAGAGAGAGAGAGAGAGAGAGAGAGAGAGAGAGAGAGAGAGAGAGAGCGAGCCUGGGACUCUACCUUGUUUUUUUCUUACUAUUGAAGUUUGGGUAGGAGCAGCUAGAAAAAAAUCACAUAUUAGAAAUUUAGAAAAACUGAGAGAGCCUGAAAUUGAACCUAUUUUCUUUAUAAUUCAUAGAGCCACACCUCAGGCUUACUCAACAACCAGGAAACUGGCAAGUCUUCUAGCCUUGGAAAUGUGUUACUGACCUGCCACGUCAGUGACUAUACCAUCUAAAACAAUUGAAGCGUAUCUCUCUUUCUAAGUUUCAAUGACACUCGGUUAUUUUGAAUUCACUCUGAGGGGUACACGAUACAGAAAAUCAAGUACUAGAAGAUGAAAAACUAUUGCACUUUCUUAAUGAAAAGAAGCAGUUCUGAAGGGUCAUCUGUAAAAACAAAUGUGUAUGUGGAAUGUUUAAUAUGCCAAAGAAGAUUCACAGUCCUUGCUUCAGAGGCUGUCUGCACUCGAGACCUUUUGUCUGCAGAAGGAAGUUGUCUUUAUAAAAUGGAUCCACUCCCUGUGUGAAGCUGCCCAGUCCAGAUCAUCAGACAAUAGAUGUAGUGAGCUGAAUUUCACCGCUUGCCUCCUGUGCAGACCUUCACACUGGGUAAUGACUCUGAAAAGAUGCUAUUCAAAAGUUCACAUGUACUGUAGGUAAAAAAGGGAAUUUCAACAAACAUUAUACCUGACACUGGAGUAAGAUAAAAUCUUAGGCAUUAGAUAAUCCUAUAGAUUUCUGCUGGAUCCCUAGUUUCUUUGUGCUUUGUGACAUUUCUCCUAUGGAGGAAUGCACAUAGGGCAUGAUAUUUGUUUUUAUAUUAUCAAUAUGUUGGUCUUCUGUUUAUGCAGAUGUGUUUUCUUGGGGCCCAAGAGGCAAUUAAGUGAACUUCUAAGAGCCUUAGGGGAAAGUUAAUUGAAACAAAUAGCCACUUACAAAUGAUUUCUUUAUAGGGCACCUACAAUGAUUGUGUCAUCAUGUUAACAAAACAUGGUCAAUUUAGUCAAAUGGGUUGUUUGUUUUGUAAAUCACUGACCUUAAUUAUUGCUUGAGUAUUUGGCUGAAGUGACUGAAUUUGGGGCAUCGUGUAUCAAAUAGAAGCUUGCAAACCUUUGUAGUGAUAAGAGAUCUAGGAUCAUCAUCCAGCAUUGCACAUGAUUAUGCAAGGUGUAUAUUCAUCCCAGAGGUAUUCAGAUAGAACUGUUCAGUUCCUUUUCAGUUACUACUGCAUAUGAGCAUAGUUUGUUCCAUAAACUAGGCACAUGGCUUUUUUGCAGGACAUAAAAUGGGAGAUGGAAAUGUUUAACUUACAUAGAAAUGAAAAUAUAUUUUCAUUGACUAUGGUAAUAAGUACCAUUUUCCAUGUUGUUAAAUUGCACAGAUUUUCACACAAGUAUAUGAAUGUAUAUUCAUCUAAAAAUGCCAAUAUUGUCUUGUGUUUGUAGGAACUUUAGAGUUUCCUUUUUUAAAAUGGACACUGCACCCAUGGAAUGAAUGUUUUAGAAGUUUGACAAAUUUCCUAUAGAACAAUGUUGUUCACUUUUCCUCUCUAUUAUCUUAGUUUUAUCUUCUUUAAGUGGGAAGUACUGAGAGGACUGUAACUCACUCAAGCAGUAACGUCUUCGACUGUGUGUAUUUGAUAGAGUUUUGUGUCUGAAAUUGCCUUUGGUAUUCCAGCUCUCAGCAAACGUGUAAUUGGAAAUCAAAUUUAGGAAAAUGAUGAAAUAAAAGUCCGUUGUGUUCUAAAA